GGGCGCUGUGGCGCUCAGUGGUUGAUACUUCAGUUCUAAUUAAAACCAUAGAACCGCAUAGAAUAAGGUUAUGGAACGGAGGAGUUAGCAGGAAAAGAAAACAAAAAAUGACGCCAACCGUCAAGAAAUCCUCACAGGACACGAUUCAUGUCAGUAAUGGCUUUAAAGAAAGCGAUACCGGCUGUCCGAAUGGGUCAGAAACCGAGGACGAACCUCUGCUCCGAGAAAACCCCAGACGGUUUGUCAUCUUCCCCAUCCAGUACCAAGAUAUUUGGAAAAUGUACAAACAGGCCCAGGCUUCCUUCUGGACAGUAGAGGAGGUUGAUUUGUCCAAGGACUUGGUGCAGUGGGAUCGUUUAAAACCUGAAGAAAAGCACUUUAUCUCCCAUGUUUUAGCUUUUUUUGCUGCAAGCGAUGGUAUCGUCAACGAGAACCUGGUGCAGCGGUUUAGCCAAGAGGUUCAAGUCCCUGAAGCGCGUUCCUUCUACAGCUUCCAGAUCCUCAUAGAGACCGUUCACUCAGAGAUGUACAGUAUGCUCAUCAACACCUACAUCAGGGAUCUGAAGGAGAGGGACUAUUUGUUCAAUGCCAUUCAGACCAUGCCCUGCGUGAAAAGAAAAGCCGAGUGGGCGCUCGAGUGGAUUAACGACAACAAAUCUACGUUCGGGGAGCGACUGGUGGCUUUUGCAGCUGUGGAGGGCAUCUUCUUCUCUGGAUCGUUUGCUGCCAUCUUUUGGCUGAAGAAGAGAGGACUCAUGCCCGGUCUAACCUUCUCCAAUGAGCUGAUCAGCAGGGAUGAGGGUUUGCACUGCAACUUUGCCUGCCUGCUGUACAGCUACCUGGUGAAAAAGCCGUCGGAGGACAGGGUCAAGGACAUCAUUACCAAGGCAGUUUGCAUCGAGCAGGAGUUUCUCACUGAGGCCUUGCCGGUUGAUCUAAUUGGAAUCAACUGUUGUCUCAUGAAGCAGUACAUUGAGUUUGUGGCUGACCGGCUGCUCACUGACCUCAACCUGGACAAGGUUUACAGAGUUGAAAAUCCGUUUGACUUCAUGGAGUCAAUUUCGCUUGAAGGGAAGACCAACUUCUUUGAGAAAAGAGUCGCAGAGUAUCAGAGAUUUGGGGUGAUGCCGAGCAUGAUGGACGGGGAAUUCACUCUGGAUGCAGACUUUUGAAACUCGCAUGAUGCCGAAAUCUCUAUUUAUUGCCUUUUAAAUUUGAUGAUUUUUCUCCUUUUUGGCAAAGCGAAUGUGAACAAAUCUCAACUUAUCCAACUGCAGAAGUCAGUGUUUUUGUUUGUUUUUUUGCAGUGACAAGAUACAGUUACUUAAAGUUUUCUGGUAGUUACUGAGUCUUUUUUCCUGUGGUUUUGGCUGGGUAUUAUGGCAAAGCUUUGCAACCUUUUUCUAAAGCUGUUACCCCCUGGCAAAAGAUUUAUUACCCCAAACCUACAGAGGAUGCAAAAUUGAAGAUUUAAGAUAAAUCAACAAGAUGACAUGUACAAAUUUUUUUGUCCCGAAAAACAUGUAUCCAGGUGUAAAUAAAUACAUUUAUAAAUAUA